AUGGCUUCAGUUCUCCAGUUGAGGCUGUUCUUCCUUGGCAGAAACAUCAAACAUCAAGACAUUAAGGCAUCAAGACAUCAAGACAUCAAGACAUCUCUCAAAGUGGUUACCCUUCGCACUCUUACUAUAGCCUCUCUUAUAACUUUCCUCGGCCACCUAGACGUCGCCCUCGCGGGAGCAGGUGCCCAAGUCCACGCCUGUGUCCAUCUCUCCAACAGUGUCAAAGACCCCUUCAUAGUCAACUUCGACCCCAACAACGGCGCAAACCAGUGCAUGAACGAAGUUGGCAACUAUAAAUCCGUCACAGUCAGCUCCGCGGGUAUUACCUGCGCGGAAAUCGGCUACGUUGAAGCAAAAUUCAGCACCUCCGGCGGUAAUCUCUGCGCUACCGAUCCCAGUUACUGGAAUAUCGGGUAUAGCACUGAGAAGCUUAAGAUUCCCAAGUCCGGGAAUAUAAAAUCGCGGUGGAGGAAACAAUGGGGGUCUCCUGUCAAUGAGAUAACGCUUAAGGAGGGUCCGCCGGGUGAUAUGGUUUGCGGGUCUGAGCCCUUGUGUUACUCGCAAAUAUUUACUUGGGAUGAAGGAACUGCGCCGAAUGUUUAUUUUAUCUUUCAGCCGGAUAAGCAAGAUUCCGCCUACAUCGAAGUAGAGUAUAAGGAAGACAGCUCCCCUAUUAAAGAGCAUACUUCCGAAAGAGCUCCCCAAGUUGUCCUCAACCGGAGGCGAAUGAAGAAGAAAUCGAAUAUUGCUGCAUGA